GGGGUGCUCGCACUACAGCUCGCGCUGCCGCUCGCCCUACCAUCGUCGGUAACAUUGGUGAUACCGAGCCGGCGCAGCCUGUGAGGAACGUCGUGGCAAAACGCAAGCGGGCGCCUGCAGCCAAGAAGGCCCCUGCGAGUUCUACGCUCGCCCCCUGCCUCCGCCCCACCGGUGUUCGAUGAAAUGCCUGCAAGCUCCGACUAUGCGGCUCUCCUUGAGGUAAACGCAGUGAACAAUGAGAAUGCACCCCUCGAAGAUUAUGUAUACGACAAGAUGGACGGCGGGGUACACGGUGGCGGCGAUGAAGAGGAUGAGUUGCAAGAGAUUGAAGGGGAGGUCUUCGAGGCAUCGCAAACAGCAACAUAUAGCAAAAGGUCGAAGAGCUAUACCCAAAUAGAGGAUGAGGUGCUGAUCCGAGCUUGGGAGGCCGUGUCCCUCGAUGCCAUCCACGGCACCGACCAAACCGGGAAGAGGUAUUGGCAAAUGAUAGAAGACAAGUUCUUCCGGUUGAUGCCAAGGAAUGUUGAGCCGACACCACGCACCUAUAGACCACUCCAAGGAGGUUGGGAUGUGAUCAAGGCGGCGGUUAGCCGGUGGUGUGGAUGCUUGGAGCAAGUGUACAAUGCACCUCCAGGUGGCACUAAUGAAGCCGAUUGGGAUAAAAUUGCAGCCGCGAGGUAUAGGGACAUGCCGGCAUCCAGGGGCCAGCCCUUUGCAUUCGAGCAUUGUUGAGCAUUGCUUAAGAAAAGCGAGAAAUGGAAGGUGAGGGAUAAAGAAGCACCACCGAAGAGAGGUACCUUCACCUUGUAGGAUGAUGAAGAAGAUGAUGAAGGAGGGAGAAACAAGGUUAGGCCGGAUGGCAACAAGAAGGCCAAGGAGAAUAUGAAGAAGGAGUCCGACGCAUCAAGUUUGAGAGACAAGAUAGAUCAUAUGGUGCACUCAAAUGAGUUGAUGGUUACCAUGACUAUAGAAGCAAAAAAAAAGAGUUGGCAAUGAAGAGGUCUCAAG